GAAGAAUGUAAGAGCAGCGUGGAAUGACCUUGCAGUUGAAAACCAACACGUUUGUUCUAUUUUUGCAGAGCUCCAUCAUUUUAGAAGGUGAAUAUUAACACCAUGGAUGAACUCAGCAGAGAGUACAUACUUUUACUCACCAUUAUUUCAACUACGAUAUGGUCCGCCCUCUACGGCGUGUUGUGUUACUCCAAUCCAACAUGGUCUUGUGAGUGGAAUUGUAGGAUUGUAACACUCAUUCAUGCUCUCGUGGUUAUCACUAUGUCGUCAACGUUUGGUAUUCUGUACAAUCCAUGGCCUUUUACACACCCAGGUGGUAAAUCUAACAUUCUUGAAGUAUUCACAAUGGUGGUAUGUCUUGGAUACUUCAUGUACGACUUUUGCUGGUGUGUUUGGUUCUACGACAGCUCUACAGCAGUGAUGUUAGCCCAUCAUUUAGUCUCAAUCGCCGGUAUAUCGGCCUCUCUAAUGUCAGGCUACUCCGGUACCGAGAUUGGGACAUGUAUAUUCUUAGGUGAACUGUCUAACCCUAUGCUACAGCUGCGUUACUUCAUGAGACAGUCAGGUAUCAAAGAUGGGAUCCUCUACGAGUUGAAUGAACUUACGUUUCUCAUGACGUUCAUCGUUUGCAGAGCCGGGAUUGGCUCUUAUCUGACCUUCUGUCACGUGAUGCACCCGCUACCGCAUGUGUUUUUUAAGAUAGGUGGGGUGGCGUUGUACGUCGUCAGUUGGAUCUUUAUAGUGCAACUUUUGACCAUUGUUUUCCACAAAUAUUCUUGUCGAUCCUCGCAUGACGUCAAACAUGCCAUCAAAAAGGACAACUGAUGGACUGUUUUGUCAACCAAUACUCUAAAUAACUUAUUUCACUCGUUAUGAGACUUCUUUUGAGAAUUACUGUUCCACUUCAACAUUCCGGUUUCUCAAUGGGGGACUUUCAGGACGCUUGGUGGCAGCAGACCUACCAGGUAAAAUCCAUUGUUCUCGGUAAUGUGCGCAUGUUCAGAGUUAAGUUAACAAUGGAAAUUUACCUGGUAAGUCUGCUGCCACCUAGCGCCUCAAAGUCUCCAAUUGACUUGCAUGUUUCUACUUAAUGAUUAUAAUGUUAAUUUAUUCAAAGUGCUUUCGAAGUUUAUUGUAACAUUUUGAUAAUAUGCAAAAUCCUUUAAAUGAAUUGGGUUGUACAUAAAGCGUGUAGACGAGUUUCCGUAAUGUUAAUAUUAGUUAUUAAUUCAAGAUCAUUACUUAAAGGUGCACGUUGCCUUGGAUCGGGCGAGUUGGUCUAUGAAAAGUUGUUGAAACCGGUUGUUAUAAAUACAUAUGGUUAGAAAGAUGUUUUAAAAGUAGAAUAAAACGACCCACACAUAUGCCUCGAAAUAUAACGGUUUUCAUGUUACUCUUCGAACUAACAAACGGUUGCCAAACGCCUUUCAUAGACCAACUCGCCCGAUCCAAGGCAGCGUGCACCUUUAAAAGAUUGAAAUGUGAAACAAAAUGUAAAGUUUGCCCAUGUUUUACAGUGAAAUUAUUUCCAUUGCGUACCGUCAGACCAAAAAGAAAAUUCACUAAUAAUAGUUGGAUUCAUGCUACAAUGCCUUUAAGCUGCACCACAAACCGAAGUCUUAUUAUACAAAAUCUUAUUAUUAUGAAUGGUAUUCGAGGCAAGGUUGCAAAGUUAAACAAAAUAAUUAAAAAGAAUGACGUCAAUUUUUGCCAUUAA